CAAUUGACACAACAGUGUGGUGAAGGAAAACACAAACCUCGGAGCAAGAAAUGGAGGAGAGGAUAAACUAUGUGGCUCACUGUCUUGUUCUACCUUAUCCUGCACAAGGACACAUAAAUCCUAUGCUUGAGUUUUCAAAACGUUUGAUUCAGAGAGGAGUGAAGGUCACACUGGUAACUGUUGUGUCCAACUGGAAGGUCGUUAGCAGAAAAAAAUUCACUUCUAUAGAAGUUGAGAGCAUAUCAGAUGGCUACGAUGAAGGAGGCCUUGCAGCAGCAGAGAGCCUUGAGGUUUAUCUUGAAACCUUCUGCAGGGUUGGAGCACAAACUCUCGCUGAGCUUCUUCAGAAGCUUGCAGGAUCAAGCCACCCUCCAGAUUGUGUAAUCUAUGAUGGUUUCAUGCAUUGGGCUCUUGAUGUUGCAAAGAAAUUUGGGCUACUUGCUGCUGCUUUCUUCACUCAGAGUUGCACAACAAACACCAUAUACUUGCAUACUUAUAACAAGUUGCUGAAACUGCCUCUUACACAGACAGAGUAUUUGUUGCCAGGGUUGCCAAAACUUGAAGCUGAGGACUUGCCAUCAUUCUUGAACAGAUAUGGAACCUAUCCAGGUUAUUUUUAUGUUGUUGUGAACCAACUUUCCAAUAUUGACAAAGCAGAUUGGGUUCUUGCAAACACAUUUUAUGAUAUGGAGCGAGAGGUUGUGGAUUGGCUGUGCAAGAUUUGGCCAUUAAAGACAAUAGGACCAACCUUGCCAUCUAUGUACUUGGACAAAAGACUCCAAGAUGACGAGAAAUAUGGUAUUGAAAUGUAUGUUCCAAAGUCAGAAGCUUGCAUGAAAUGGCUUGAUGAUAAACCAAAAGGGUCAGUUGUGUAUGUUUCUUUUGGGAGCUUCGCAGGGCCGAAUGUGGAGCAAGCUGAGGAACUAGCUUGUGGUUUAAGAGAUAGUGGAAGUUAUUUCAUAUGGGUGAUUAGAGACUCUGAACAAGGACAGCUUCCAAAGGGAUUUCUUGACACAACAGAGAAAGGUUUAAUAGUCAAUUGGUGUCCCCAAAUGCAAGUCUUGACACAUGAGGCUUUGGGGUGUUUUAUCACACACUGUGGUUGGAACUCCACAUUGGAAGCUUUGAGCUUAGGAGUUCCAGUGAUUGCAAUGCCACUGUGGACUGAACAGAUCACAAAUGCAAAACUUAUUAAAGAUGUGUGGAAAAUUGGAGUCAAAGCUGUUGCUGAUGAGAAAGAUAUAGUUAGAAAAGAAACUAUCACACAUUGCAUAAAAGAAAUAUUGGAGACUGAAAAAGGAAAUGAAAUAAAGAAAAAUUCCAUCAAGUGGAAGAAUCUGGCCAAGAGUAGUGUUGAUGAGGGAGGAAGUUCCGAUAAAAAUACUGCAGAAUUUGUGAAUGAAUUGAUUCAUCGCCGUGCUGCAUUAAAUUAAUGGGAAAGGAAGUGUUCAUAGAAGUUUUGUGCCACUGCCAAAGUAUGCUAUGUUGAUUCUGCUUAGAAUAAUCAACUUGACAAGGUUGUAAAUUUAAGUUCGUGGUAAAAAUUGUUAGCUUCUGCAUUCUGAAUUUGUAUGUCUUUUAGAACAUCCGUUAUUUUAGCAUGCAA